UGAUAACAGCAGCUCAAGAGGCUGAGAUGACCCCUCAUGUUACAUGCAUUGCCCACACCAUUAACCUGGCUUCACAGAAAGCUUUUCAAGUGAAAGAUGCUGCAAGAGUGCUGAGCCGAGUGAGGAGAAUCGUAACUUUUUUUCAUCACAGCCCAAAAGCCACUGAAAUCCUGCGCCAGAACCAGCUGCUGCUUGGUUUGCCAUCACACAAGCUCAUUCAGAAUGUAUGCACUCGCUGGAAUAGUUCCUAUGACAUGUUGGAUCGCUUUUUGGAACAACAGCCUGCAGUUUUUGCAAGUUUGAUGUCAAGAGAGGUGAGGAGGGGCGAGGAUGUCAAUACUUUGACAGAAGAAGAUCUUGCUGCAGUUGAGGCAAUAGUAAAACUUAUGAAACCAGUCAAAGUGGCAACAGCGCUCCUGUGUGAGGAAGACAACCCUACCCUCUCCAUGGUCGCUCCUGUUCAGGCAAAACUGAAAAAGCAUUUUAAACCACUCAACGAUGAGCUCCACAUCAUCACUGAAAUGAAGGUCAAGUUCCUGGAAGACUUUAAUAAAAGGUACCAAGGACUUCAGGACACGCUGCAUGUGGCCAGUGCUUUAGACCCACGCUUCAAAAUGUUGUCCUUCAUCGAUGAGGACAAAACCAGAGACCAGAUUUACCUCGACACUUUAAGUGAGGCACUAACCCUACAUGAGAAAACAACUGAGGACAGACAAAAGGAAUCUGAGAAAGGUCCCACACAAAGAAACCCAUUUCCAGGUGAAUACAGUCCUCACAACAAGAACGAGACAAGUGCAGAUGAUGGCCUCCCCCCCAAAAAGAUGAAGGCUUUGGAUCAGAUGUUCAGUGACAUUGUAGAAACGAGUGCACCCCUGAGGUCCUACAGAGACCUUGCAAAAGAUGAAGUCUGGAAGUACAGAAACCGUGAUGCUUUGCCUUUGGAUGGAGAUGUCUUCCUCUGGUGGAGAGACCAGCUGGAUCUGCCAAUGCUGUCUUCACUGGCUAAGAUUUAUUUGUGCAUACCUGCCACCGGCGUUCCAUCAGAAAGAGUUUUCAGUACUGCUGGUGACAUUGUUACAGCACAGCGCAGUUUAAUCAAAGAAGAGCAUGUUGACCAGCUAAUCUUCCUUAAGACAAAUCUGAAGUAGCAUGUUUUGCAGCACACUGUAUUUUUGGGGGUUUGAAGUUUAGAAUUGCCCAGUUAAAUAUUUUUUGUUUUGUGCAAAAUAACAGGACCCUUAUUUAUUUUUACAGCACUUUAAGCAGUGCAUGGCACUGUAUCUGAUGCACAAUGUUAUUUGUUUUUUUUUUACUAUGACACACCUAACUGCUUACAAGGCCAAAA